UCGCACCCGCGGCGUGGGGGAGACGGAUGUGUUUUCAAUUAUAAACACCAACUCGGGUGGCACGGGAUUUCCUCGAAGACUGCGAAACAACCGUCCCGGCACACUUUUUUAUCUGGCCUCGUCCAUGCACGCCGAGAGAGAUCGCGUGCUAACUCGCAUUCGCGCGUAUGCGUGUGCGUCGUCGUGACGGAAGGAGCUGUACGGUUCCCUUUAAGCAACAGCUGAAGCCUGGCCGCAUCCUUCAAAGCCCACCCCUCUUUAAGAGAACCCAACUGGGACGCUCGCCAGGAGUGCAUUGACGAAAGCCGCAUUGACAGAGCCACGAUCUUGAGUUUGGCGAAGGGAGCCGACAGCACGCGAGGUCGAAGCUCGGGUCCAGUGUUGUCGGAGAGGACGGGUGCGGGAAGAGCAGUCAUGGGGACCGCGUGGAUCGUCCUGGUGCUUCUUGAAUUCCUGGCAGCCUCCGAUGUCUUCGCACUGCCUGCCGCAGAUGUGAGCAGCGGAGAAGGCUCGUUCCCACAGUGCGGGCCGGGAGAGGUGUUCAAGGAGUGCGAGAGCUCUUCGUGCGGCGAGCUAUCCUGCGCCCAGCCCGAGCCGACGGACGAGUGUACGCGUGACUGUGCCUACCAGUGCUUCUGCGUCCACGGCCUCUACAGAAACAGCCUCGGCAUCUGCGUGCCCCUUGCGCAGUGCGACAAACCCAGGCACUAAAUGGCAAAAAAAGGACUCAUUAUUGUACUGCGCGAAGACAGAUCGUGUUCGUUCUCGCUGAUCGCAGAAACCCACUUUCCAUGCUCAACUCUUCUGGUGACCGGAGUUUGGAAGCUUACGGACAUGUUUUCUUUUUCAGCUGUGUAAGAACAUGACUAUAUCAGAGCCGGCUAUCCCAAAAUCUGAAUAUGUUACUGAUGCAACAAUGAAAGAUAAAAAAAUAAUAUAUAAAGAAACAACAUAUACAUGCGAAAACAAGCGCGCAAUAAAAUGUCUCUAGAGCCAUCAGCGCAGAAAACAGUUAGGUAACUACAGCACGAUCACGUAUUGCGCAGGGGUGAAAUGGUCAGCACAAAUAUCUACAAACAACAACAACAACAACAACAACAACAACAACAACAACAACAACAACAACAACAACAACAACAACAACAACAACAACAACAACAACAACAACAACAACAACAACAACAACAACAACAACAACAACAACAACAACAACAACAACAACAACAACAACAACUCUGGUGCAUUUGCUGCUUGCUCAACCAAAAUUGAGGUACGCGAUUUGUUAAUAUGCCCAUUCGCAGUUGCGAAAAAUAUGGGGCCGUUUAACUACUGUGCCCAUUAGUGUGCCAGCUAUUAAAACGCAGUGCCCAUAAACCCUUCGAAGCCUGGGGGAUAAAAGAUCCUGGCACAAACAAAAUAAUUAUGGUUCCUUUUGGCAUUCCUUGCUGUCUGAUUUUCCUGUGUAUAUGUGUCACAGCUUUCUUUUACAAGAAGAAAAAUAUGUAUAUAAUAAAUGUUACUCGAUUCCUGG